AUGUCGGAUCGAACCUCGUUCCAGCGCAAGACGGUGCAGAUAGCGCGGCAUCUAAUCUACUUCAUCGCUGGGUCGACCCACAUCGUCACAUUCCGUCUGCUUUGGCUUGCACUAUUGUUCUACGGCGAACGUGCAGUCUUUCAUGAUGCAGCCAACGGCUGCGCGUGGCCCAUGCCACCGCAUUCAUCUGCAACAUCACCCCAGCCGGCCGUCCACGUGUUGCUUGUGACAGAUCCGCAGAUCAUUGAUCGCAACACAUACCCCGACCUGCCUUGGAUCAGCUUGCUUUAUCCGAUCGUGCGCCAUUUCUCGGACAACUACCUCAAAAACGUCUGGACGAGUCUGGUCAUCAAUCCCAAUAAGUGGUUUCAUCGAGGGUACAUUCUUCCGCCAAACCUGGAAGCGCAAAGAAGGCAAACAUCGAAAGCAGCGGGAAUGGUGCAGCCCCCCGACGGCGUGGUGUGGAUGGGCGACCUUACCGACGGAGGCAGAAGAGGGCGAUCCGACGCAGAAUGGGCAGCACUAGUGCAUCGAUUCCGCAAUAUCUUUUGGAGGCCCAGGGAAGCAGAUUGGGAGGCUCUCAAGUCGACGCUCAGCACCACUAGGCAAUUGAUCGAACCACGCACCUCGGCUACUAAUUUCAUUCCUACCAUUCAUCUCUCCGGCAACCAUGAUAUUGGCCUGCCCGGCUCAUCAUCUGGGCAUCGGGUUGACGUGUUGGCAGCCGACGAUGCGAUCGAGCGAUUCAAUAGGGAAUUCGGCAUGAAAAUCGACGGCGGUGGGUUUGUUGUCAAAGAUCGGAACCCAUUUCAGAAAUCCAGUCUCAAUGGUCGCGUUCUCGUUUCCUCGGAUACAGCGCUUGGUGCAACGCACGAAUUGGUGCUCAUCAACGCACAAGACCUAGUGGGCAUGGAGCGAGAAGGCGGCGGACCCUUCGACACGCAUCUCAGCUCGGAUCAUCUGGGCAAGCUCGAUGGCCAGCUCGGCGAUAAUGCACACCGCGAGUACAAGGACACGUAUGACUUUGUAGAGUCAGUCAAGCUCGGUGGAAUCCAAAUUCCUCGUGUGCUUCUCAGUCACGUUCCUUUGCACAGGCCUGCAAUGACAACAUGCAAUGAUGCCCAGAGAUCGGCAAGGCAUCGUGUGCAGCGCGAGUCAAGCCGACCUCUUCAUCAGGGAACUGACCGAGGCUCUACAUACCAAAAUAUGGUGUCAUCUUCGGUCACAGACUGGGUGCUGCGCACGAUCGAUCCAAUGGCUGUUUUCAGCGGCGACGACCACGAUCAUUGCGAAUAUCGGCAUUCACGGCUUUCCAGCAACUCGUCAAAACUAAACGUUGUAGAGGGCUUCAAAGCGAACGAGGUUCCCGAAUUGACGGUCAAGUCGAUUUCUAUGACCGAAGGAGUGCGAAAGCCAGGCUUUGCUCGUCUGAGCCUUUUUCCUCCGCCUUUCACCUCAUCAUCACAACCCGACACACCUCCAUAUGUGACCAUGGCGUACACACCAUGCUUGCUACCGGAUCAGAUUGGCAUAUGGACCAGACUCUAUUUGCCAUUCUUCAUCAUCACGCUCUUAGGUCUAUGGUUUUGGCCGCGCUCCUUCAUGUCGCGGUCAGAUGCGGAUGGAUAUCUACCGCUCAGUCAUCAGCGCAAGCGGAAUGACGAUCAUUUGCCACCAUCGUCCGAGCAGCAUCAUCCGACGUCGUCGGGCAUGAUAAACUCAAGCAGGUGGAAGCGAGAUGUCGUAGCAGUCGCUCUUGUAGCUUUGCCAUGGUGGAUCCUUUGCCAGACGCAUUUCCUGUUCUGA